UUCAGUCCACAGUGUUUCCUCUCCUCCUGUUAGUCCAGUCGUCCUCCCGUAGAGAUGGUGUCCAGCUGGUUUCUGGUUGUGUUGGGGGUCUGUAGUCUGGUUGGGGUCCAGGCUGAGGUCAUUUUAACGGCAACUGAAGACGAUGCAAUUCUAAAUCCUGAGCAAACCACAGAAAAUGACCUGCGAGUCCUGGUGCUGCAGCUGAAGGCCAGAGUGGAAAAGCUGGAGAAAGAGCGUGAGGACAGAGUCGGCGCCCAGGUGGCAUUCUCAGCUUCGCUCCGCACCACUACCGAAUGGACCCACGUGGGGCCUUACGACACCAACAUCACAAUGCUGUUCAAGAAGGUGACGACAAAUAUCGGCAAUGCAUACGACAAAGACACAGGCAUCUUCACAGCCCCUGUGAAGGGACUCUACUACCUCCGGUUCACUGGGUGUGUUGGAAAUUCUGGGACCCUGAACGCAGCACUGUUUAAAAACGGCAUCAACAUGUUUGCAAUCUACAACACUCUGGGAACCCACAGCAGUGGAUCCAAUGGCAUGACGCUGGAGCUGGAGAAGGGCGACCAGGUCUGGAUCAUACUCUGGCCAAGCAGCAGUGUCUUCGAUCAGAGUCGACUCACAACCUUCAGCGGUUUCCUCGUCUUUCCCAUGUAGGCGUUGCCUUUAGCACCUGCAGCUGCUGUGGAGACAGUGGAGGAAGCCAAAUCUCCUCUUCACAAUACACAAAUUAAAGUCUCAUAUCAUAGAAACCAAUGCCAAACUAUGACAAACCUGAAGGGGUUUUGGAAAGAAAAAAAAAACAGUUACCAUUAAAAAAUAAAGAAGAACCAAUAACCAGUUUUUGAAAUUCUGAACUGUUUUGAGCUGUUUGAAGCAAUAAAAGCCCUUUAAUUUCUCCUGUUAAA